AUGGCGAUCGGUGCUGUCACUUCUUAUUCGAGGAGAAGAGGCUCCCUUGCUGGAUGUUCAUUGCUUUUGUCUCCCAUAAGGAAGUUCAAGUACAGAAGCCUCCCGUCCACCUUCGCUUCGCUGCCGGCUUUUGCAUUUAAAUCACAUCAACUGCUCGCUCAUAUAUUUCCCUGCUCACGUUCCCUCUAUUCUCGGAAAUACUACCUGCCUACACCCGAUACAAACUGUGGCUCCUCUCCACUUUUGUCGCUCAUUUCCUCAUUUGCAGUGCUGCGUAAGUACACGAAAACUACCCACCGUCCCCUUCUUUCCAGUUACUACACACUCGAAUUGCCUCGAUUAAAAAUAUCAUGCCUUCAGUAG